AUGAGUGUUGGACCAAAAACGUCAAGCAUAACGACGUGGUUCCAACAAGGACCUGACAAGCGACCUGUGAGAAAGCAAACUCGGCUGGGACCGCCGGACGUCUUCCCACAGGAUCCGCGACAGGAAGAAGACCAGCUCACUACGGAAAGGCUCAAAAAAGGAUACCAGGUUUAUUUCAAACACUAAAAAUAUAUUCUCAUUUUUUUCAUCCCAAGAUUUGUAAAGUUCAAUAGUUUGAUGGGGAGUGAAUGAAAUUGUUUAUAUGAUCAAUACCAAUGAUUCCAAGUUUCAUUGUAUUAAGCAUCAAAUUGAAAAAAGGCAAAGCCAAUGAAUAUGACUAAACAUAUGACUCAUGUAAAUUUCGAAAUCAGAAAAAAAUGAAUGAAACGAACGCCAUUCUCGAGUCGCGGAGAAGCGGUGGAAACAGUUUGGCGCAAAUGAGUCACUUGAUGGCAAGACUUUCCCAUGCAGUCUGCGCGCUUCUGUCUGCAUCUCUCCAAAAAAAAGGGGGCACCUGCUACAUUUUUUGUCCCGACGCUGCUUUUGUUUUUUUUUUUUUGCGUUGCUCUAAACAAAAGUAACACUGUAGCUUUCCGAUAAAACCCAACAGAAUUGAGGUGUUUUCAGUAUCCUGUGACAAGCUACGAACAUGAGUCCCUCGUGUACAACGGUCGAGUUCAACGCCUGGAGCGUUUGGAAGAAGCUUCCUACAAGGCAAACGUCCUCAUUGCACUUGUCGGUUCCUUAUUAAGCAUCUUAUCUGAGUAAUUUUUUCAGGUUAUGUACAAAAAAGGAGAAUUCAAUGCAACUUUGGACAAAGAGAGGAAAAAGAACCGUGAACAAAUCAGUGCUCAGAUGACUUUAUGUCCUGCAAAAGCUAUGGUGAUUGCAAAAAAACUUAUAAUUUUGAGUUAUUAUUUUUUGAUUUAAGCUCAAAGAGAGAAUGAUGUUUUUCACCGAUUUAUCACGAGGGAAAGCACUUUCGCAGCUGGCAAAACGAGUACCUCAAUUCCGCAAAAAAGAGGAAAUUCUCGAAUUUUUGUAUGAAUUUCGGUCAGUUUGGAGGAGUAUUUUCAAAUCGCAAAUUCGAAUUUCAGGAUACCAAUGUACCGGGCUCUGUGGUUCUACAAAAUGACGGCAGUUCUUUCUUAUUCACAAAGUAGCAGCGGGAAACAGAAGAAAACUGUCAGCGAUUCUUGCUCACAAGGUUUUUCGAAAAAAAUGAUAAAAUUUAUAACUUUUUUCCAGCACUCUCGGACUUUUCACACAUGUGCGGGAAACAUCUCCGGUCUCUUAUUUUUCCAAAUAUGGCAAAAACCACAGAGAAAAUCGCACACGAGAAGUGGACGUACGCAACAACGUUAUUCCGAAGAGCUUUUGAUGUUCGUUUUCUUCUUUCUAUUUCACUUGUGACUUUCCAUUAAUAUUUUGUGAAAUAUGAUAAAUUGCAAAAUGAAACUGAUAAUAGCUUUUUCCUCAAUAUUUGCUUAGUUUUAGUUUUUUUAAUCUACAUCAAAAUUCUCCAAACAGGCUAAAGAAUACUGAAAAAAUUAAGGAAGGAGUUCUGGACCGUCAAGAGUUCCUCAACGAGUUGUGCGAAGUGUUUUCCGAGUGCUUCGUCCGUUCUCCUCCCGAGUUUCAAAAACAAGAAACUCCCACCCAGCUCCGGUAUAAUCUCGUUUUUAGUAUUUUUCAACUUUGCUUCGUUCAGAAUGUAUCUUUUGUUUCUCAUCAAGUUCACUCGUGAGAUCAGCUGGAGUUUGAUAUUGGCAAGAAGAACUGCUCAUAUGAUCGCCAUGAAGAUCCGAAUGAUGUACGACCAAUCAGAAGGCUGGAAAAAACCGUCAAGAAGAAGGCGAAGAAAAAGAAAGAGGAAGUUUCGUAAACUACGUCUGAAGCUGAGGAUGCAGCAAAAAACCAAACGGAAGCCUAUCAUUUUCAAAAAGUGAGAUUUUAAUGAUUUUUUUUUUCAUUGUUUGAGAUUUCCAGGAAAGCGGACGCUGACGGAUUUUUGAUUCCCGCAAAACCAAAAAGGGUUGGAGCACUGCUCAAUAAACAGAAAGAAACGUUUUACGAAGCGAAAGUGGUAAAAAAGCCCAAGACAAAAAGUCGAGACAAGAAAAAAUCGAAAAAGAAGAAGUCAAAAAGAUCAAAAUCUUUGAAAAGACUUCAAUCUGCGGGACAUCUGAAAUUUUUCGACCCUUUCGAUAUCAUGGAGAAACCAAAGAAGAAGAAAAAGAAGAAGAAGAAGAAAAGGAGGAAGUCGCACAGAAAAGAGCCGGAAGACGUCAUUAUGGCUUCUCCUCCACCUCCACCUCCGCCAGUUAUCGUCAAGGCAAUUUGCAUACCAUCUCCGCCACCUCGAAUCUCGAUGCCAGUCAUGGAGAUGGACUACGAUGAUGACGACAAAACUCCAGUCGCCACUCCAUCGGAAUCAUCAGCGCCAUCGGAGUCGGCAUUGGAAAACGCAAUCGAAGCUCUACCAGAAGCAAUUCCUAAGUCUCCGACAAAAGAAGAACCAACCACCGAGCCAGCAGCCGAGACACCAGCCAGGCCACCAGCGGACGGAGCUGAAGCAACAACUUCGGAAACAAAGCCACAGACAGAAGAUGGUGCUCCUUCGGAGGAGCAUUCUGCGGAGAAGCCAACGGAAACGACAGCUGAUGCAGCCACUGAAGGAGCGGUCGAAGCAGCUGCGCCUCCUGUUCCGCCUCCUCCACCUAUAAUACUGAAGCCCGAAAUUCCGAAGCCUCAUAUUCAUCCUGGGUUCGCGGCUCUUCAUAGGUGCGCUCACUACAGAUCUUGUAUGCACCUGAUGAGUGGUAUUCUUCAUUCGAUCGUCGUCGACGCCCCUUCGGCUGUCAUUUGGAAUCCAUUCAUGGUGAGAUUUUCAGUCAAGAUCAUUUUGAAGGCGCAUGAAUAUUUUAGGUUGGAAUGGAACGGAAGCCUCCGAUUCUUCAACAGCUGUGUGGUUCACCGCUCGACCCUUUGCCAUGCCCAGUCUAUGAACUUCCAGUCCCGUUGUGUAAAGGUUUCAUUCACACAUUAAUAUUUCUGUAGCUAUUUUCCUAGAAAUGGAGAAGUUCUACGAGGUUUUGAAGCUACGGCAUACCGAAGUCGUAAGACGCAGUCAAGCAGUACAUGACCGUUGGAAUUUCACAAACAUCGACAAUUUUGCUUUCGGUUAGUUUGGAAUUGUGAUUUUUCUCUAAGACUUGCGAAUUGUGCAGGAAAAAUGGUCGAAAUCUGCAUCGACGUCAUUGGAAUUCUGGAUUCUGCCGAUCUCAUGCUUCCUCAUACAGUCGAUUAUUGCUGUGACCGUCUCUUCAACUUCAAAUCGAAGUUUUUCAAAGAAGAGAUCAUCAUAAGGUUUUUGGACUCUUGAAGCAUCUAUUUUUUGUUUUAGAAUAAAAUUGAUGCUGGUCUGGGCAAUAACGGAAGAACGCGAAGGAACUUAUCGAGCCACUUUCAUUUCAAAGAUUCUCCAACACGAGAUGUAUCGCAAGCAGAUUUUCAGCUUCGGUGGAAUUUCAAUUCAAGAUAUCAUUCUGAAUUUUUAUUACACUGAAGGACCGAGGGUAAAUUUUUACGAAAAUUACAUGUAGGCGAUGGUUUUUUUCCAGUUGGGAGAUCCACGAUUCUUCAAAGAAUUCCACUCUUUGAUGCUCCUUUUCCUUGAACUCAUGCGCUUUGGACUGUUCAGCCAUGACUUGUGAGUUUUCUUUUCUGAUUCUGUGAUUAUUCUGAUUUUCAGGUUUGUGAAAAGUCUCAUUCGCACCGGAGAGAGCGACUACAGUCGGCCGCUGAUGCAUAAGUUCAAACUUCCUAUCGACACGAAGAUCGAGAAUAAAAUCAAGAAAAAGAAAGAAAAGAACAAGGAAAAGAGCAAAAAGGAGAAGAAAAAAGAACGAAAAGAUAAGGAAAGAAAGAAGGAUAAGAAAAGAAGUCGAAGCAAAGACAAUCGGGAAGGAUUCGAAAUUCCAACACUUGAGAGUUUUGCUGCUCUCGACGACUUCAACCUCCCUCCACCUGAACUAUCUCAACCAGAAAUGAUUCCUGCGGAGGACAAAAACGGAUUGUACAUGGGAGAGAACGGUGAACCGGUCAUGAUGCAGGAAACAGAUGGUCCUCUCAUCCCUCCGAAGUUCCUUUCAUACCCUCCAGAGCCUCAAAAUGAGAGAAUUUUGCUAGCAGACGCGUUUGAUCUGAACGAAAAGCUCCUCAUCCAGGUUUUCACUUUUUUUUAAUGGAUAAACCCAAGUUUUUCCAGUUGCCGCUGCGACAAGUGGAAUUUCACAGAAGUGAGGCAAACCAGAGGUCUCUGGUAUUGUACGGGAUUGACGACUACAGGGAAGCCUACCAAAUUGAACUACACAAGGUUUGAAAGAGCCCUCUAGCUUUUUCAUUGUGAGCAUUUCAGAUUGCCCAAGAGAUUUGUAAAGUUUGGACGAAAAGAGUACAUGUGCAGUUCUCGCCUCACAGCGAUUUGGUAUGGUUCCCAAGGAGGAUGACCAACCCAAAGCUGCACGAGAUCCUGACCAAGUUUAGGUGGGUUUAUGGUUAA